GCGAAGCAGCUCAAAAAACGAAAAACCCUUUCGUCUAGCGAGUUUUUUGUCUUGCGAGGCAUUCGUCUUGUGAGGUACCACUGUAGAAGGAUGGUCAGUCUGGUCUGUAGCAGCAAGCACAACAAGAACUCCCGUGGCACCUUGAAGAUGGAGAAUAAGUUAGUUCACAAACACUUUCCCUGUAAUAAUAAAUUUUGGCUGCAUUCACAUAACAGUUUGUUCCAUUUUCACUAGUUUUCUGUAGCUGUUAAUUUCCACAUUACUGUAUAUCUGAGCUUUCACACCAUGUGAAAGAUGGUUCCAGGACUGUAGUGGAAAAUUGUGCAGGUUUAGCACUUAUUUCCAUAUUAUUUGCAAAUGGAUUUUUUUUCUGGAAGCAAAUAAUGUGGAAAUGAGCACGAAUCUUGUCCUAUAUUCCACUAUAGUUCCAGAAGUGACUUUUAUGUCAUGUGAAAGCUCACAUGUAAUGUGGAACUUAAAAGGGAAAAGGCAUGAAAAUAGAAUAAACUCCUAUGUGAAUGCAGGCAGCCUCAGUCUUUAAGGUGUUACAAGACUUAUUGUUUUUAUAUCAUUUUUAUGUGCACAUUUAUGUAAUUCCAUAUAAAUGCUAGCUAACUUGAGACACAUGGUUUAACUGUGAAUUCCUUUGUUUCCAGAUUAACCACAGACCUAAGCAGAUGCAAACCACUUAAAGUCUCACCCAGGAAAUAAUUCUCAUUAGAAGGUUGGAGGUUAAGUCAUUUAUAAGAGUUCUUCCACAAAGAGAGAUUGGAUGCUGGUGAUUUGUGUGUGUGGCAUCGGCCAGGCUCCCCCGAAGGCAGGACUCCUAUCUCCACAGAACAGAGGUUGCUGCUGCUGUCAUGAGUGGGAAGUCGCUGCUGCUGAAGGUCAUCCUCCUGGGCGAUGGGGGUGUUGGGAAGAGCUCUCUCAUGAACCGCUACGUCACCAACAAGUUUGACUCGCAGGCUUUCCACACCAUCGGCGUGGAGUUCCUCAACCGGGACCUGGAGGUGGAUGGGCGCUUGGUGACCCUCCAGAUUUGGGACACGGCCGGGCAGGAGCGCUUCAAGAGCCUGCGGACCCCCUUCUACCGGGGGGCCGACUGCUGCCUGCUGACCUUCAGCGUGGACGACCAGCGGAGCUUUGACAACCUGGGCCACUGGCAGAAGGAGUUCCUCUGCUACGCCAACGUAAAGGACCCUGAGCGCUUCCCCUUUGUGGUGCUGGGCAACAAGGUGGACAAGCUGGAGAGGCAGGUGAUGCCCGAAGAGGCCCGGGCCUGGUGUACGGAGCACGGCAACUACCCCUACCUGGAGACAAGCGCCAAGGACGACACCAAUGUGGCCGUGGCCUUUGAGGAAGGUGUGCGGCGGGUGUUGGCCGUGGAGGAACAGCUGGAGCGCUGUGUGCUGGGCAGUUCCAUCAACUUGCAUGCCAGCAGCAAGGCAGGCUCUUCCUGUUGCUGAACAGCCAAGGGGGUGGGUGGGAAGGGCACGUCCUGGAACGGUAAAGGCCUGUGGGGGUAGGGGCAGGGGGCUUAGGUAAGUGUUCAAAAUCCCCAUGCACCAGGCAUAUUUUGCGACUGGUGCCGGUCCAGUUGCGACCUUCUGGAGAUCUCUGGAUGCCAGGUUGGCUAUAAACAUCUCCAUCUGGGUGGUCCCUCCAGCUUUCUAAAGAAAUGGUGCCUAGACAUUCUGUUAGGCAACCGUAACCUAGAUUUAAGGUGCCGUUUAGCAAUUAGCUUAUCUAUCUGAGUUUCUAACACUGUUUGAGACCCAUUGGCUACCUUUAACUGGUUUAGCUGGCCAGUUGAAGCUGUUUCUGGGAUGUGGCAGCUGUCACAUGCUGACAGCUUCUAGGAGCCACAAGUGAGAGCUGAAUGCAGAGUGAGGACCCAAGGUAAACCUAUACAGUGGUACCUCUGGAUUCGAAUGGGAUCCGUUCUGGAGCCCCAUUUGCAUCCAGAAGUGAACGCAACCCGCAUCUGCGCGGUU